CAGUUGGGGGCCGACCAUUCUCAACCUGCACAAACUGAUGGACCCUGGUCCCUCGCUUCCCCCCUUCAAUAUGCUGCUUUCUAUGCUGACGUCAAUAUGGUUCGUCAUCUAUUACGUGAAGGUGCUGAUAUCAACUUUUGUCACUUUUCCGAUGCAUGCAACCUGAACGUGCCCGCAAGUAGAUGCAAGAACUUGGGGGAAACUGCAUUGCAAGCGGCCAUACUUGGGACCAACACCAAAGUGGUGCUUUUCCUGCUGGCCGCAGGCGCAAGACGGCUGGGCGGUGAAUUGGCUCUCGCUAUCCGGUCUCGUCAGCAGAUAAUUACUGAAGCGCUUUUGGCAGAAGGAGCUUCGCUUGGGGACAAUUCAGCUGCCUACGAAUGCGGAUCAGUCCUUGAGGCAGCCGUCAUGGCGCAAGAUGUGGACUUGAUUUCGCUAAUCAUCCAAACCGAUGCAAAAGCUGUCGACGAAUGUGCUUUGUGGGCUGCCAUGUUCGUCGCAAAGUAUUCAUCAGAUUCACCCAUCAUCCACAUUAUCACCGCACAAUAUACGAGACUAAGAGUAGUCAACGGCCUUUGGCUAGGAACAGCCAUACACCUGGCAGCACAACUAGACCUCCGCGAGAUUUCGGAGGCUUUGUUGGCUACGGGCAUGCAUCCAACAAUUUCCUUACUUUGAAUGGCGUCGGCGGAUUCUGCGCAGCCCACCACAGAGGCCUCUGGUACAUGGCGCCAUACAGCUCGGACAGCCGGAAUAUCUCAGAUUAUUGCUGCGUUUUGGGUAUCAGUCGCCCCCUUUUUGCCCUAUCUUCGGAAUGAAAAACACAAGCCUUGAGCUUCUCCAGAUACUACACAAACACGGAACGAUCAUGACGCCACGGAUUCUUGGGAAAUCGAUAAAAUCUGGUCUGCAACCAAUUACCCAGUGGCUUUUGUCUUGGAACAUAGAUCUCCACGAAACUGUGCUUGAUGAAGAACAAUGGAACGUCGAACCAUGGGAGAGGUCACCCAUACAAGUCGCUGCUGAGCAGGGAGAUAUCGCCUUAUUUGAGAUGCUUCUAAGACUUGGAGCCGACAUCAACGAGCCACCAAUCACUAACCAUGG